AUGGCGGCCGUACCUCACAGGAGCUGCGGCGCGAGCCGUGUGCAGCGCGGCACGCGGGGCGCAGAGGCGGGAAGGGGGGAGGCGGGACCCGUGCUGAACAGGCAGGGCCUGCAGCCAAUGGGAUGGCUCGGAACGGGGCAGCCUCGGGACGGCGACCAAUGGGUGGCGGCGGUGGUUCAGCGGGCAGCGAGCGAUAAAGGUCCCGGCAGAGCCCCCUCACCUCCCCGCCCUGUGCCGGGCAGCCCCCGCUCCGCUACCGGGGCCGCAGCUUCAUCGCCAAGGAGGGUCACCAGCUCCCGCAGCCACCUGCUGUCUGCUCUGCUCGUUUUCGUGAUGGCACAACAGCUUCACAUGAGGAACAGAGGAGGCUCCAUGGGAGGCACAACUGGUCAGGGGAACUUGGUGUUGACAGCUGGAGAUAGCAAAGGAAAUGCUGCUUUGCACUCUGAUUUGAUUCGUGAGAAGCCAGAGAAAUUGGAAUAUUCCUCUAAAAAUGUUUUCUCUAUUGGCUUUGACAAGAGCCUCUUUAGCUCACUGAUACCGCCCAUUCAGAUGAGGCAGUGCCAUUGUUGUGGUCUGGCUGGAUCCCUCAGAUGUUCACAGUGCAAGCAAGUACACUAUUGCUCUACAAACUGUCAGAAGAAAGAUUGGCCAGCACAUAAGGCUGUGUGUCAGCCAGUGAACCAGAAUGUCAGUAAUAACAGUGGAGGGAAGUUACCUGCUAAAAUGGAGAAGGGAGUUUAUCUUAAGGGUGAUGCAGCUCCUUUGGAGUGCCUCAAGACAGAAGAGCAUGUCAGCAAAGUAAUGCUUUCUGAUCUGCAGACCCCUGGGAUCAGAAAAGCUAUGGAAGUACAGGGUACAGUAACAGAGUUCAAGAGUCCAAGGGAAUUUUACAUCCAGAUGAGUUCCCCAGCAGUUUUAGACCAGAUCAGUAAACUUUCUGUGAAGCUGCAGGACUGCUAUGCUAACACAGCUAUUCAAGAGGAAUACAGAGCUAUCAAAGGGGAAGUCUGUGUCGUGAGGUCUUCUUUGUAUCAGACUUGGAACAGAGCACUGGUGAAAGAUGUGGACACGUUGCAAAAGAAAGCACAAGUAUUCUACCUAGAUUAUGGAAAUGAAGAAAAAAUUCCUCUCUCUUGGAUGAAAGCUCUGCAGAGAGAUGUCAAACUGUUGUUCCCUCCGGGUGUCAUUAGGUGUUCCUUUGCUAAUUACAAUGCAAAAGAAAAAAGAUGGAAUGAACGCAUGGCCAGCUUUUCCCAGCUGAAGGGAAGGCACUGCUCAGUCACUAUUGUUGACAUACUGCAAGAGGAAAUUAUGUUGAAUUUUGCUGUGGAUGUUGUUGUUCCAGAUUUUGGAGAAUAUCUCCCUAAAGUACCUGUGGAAAUGAGGUCUGAUUUCACUCCAGGAAGUAAUGCCAAAAGAGCAGGCUCUCCAAAAGUGCCAGAAACCUAUUCUAAGGGAAGGAAAGAAAAAAUACCUGCAGAUGAGGAAUUCCUCCACUGUGCUAAUUCAGUUAUGGAGUGUAUCUCAGUAUCUGUUGGAGAAUCAUUUUCUGGUGUCAUUUCCUACAUUCAAAAUCCAGAAAAUUUCUUCUGCCAGCAGGUGGACAGUGCCCGUCAACUUGCUGAGCUUCAGAUGUCUCUCAAUGAACACUGUGCCAGAUUGCCCAGUACCCCAGCUUUCCAUCCUCCUGCUGGAAACGUGUGCUGUGCCCAGUUCACAGAAGACAACAUCUGGUAUCGUGCUGCUGUCCUGGCUUGUCCCUCUGAGGAUACAGUUUCUGUGGGCUAUAUAGAUUAUGGCAACUUGGAAGUUCUCCCUCUGUCUAGGCUUCGCCCCAUGGCUCCAAGAUUAGCAUGCUUGCCAGCUCAAGCCAUAAGAUGCACCCUGGCAGGUGUGAAGCCACCACUGGGGGGCUGGACCUCAGAAGCCAUUUCCAUCAUGAAACAGCUGGUGAAUGACAAAGUCCUGACAAUCAAAGUAGUGGGCAAAGAGAGUUAUGGGUCUGUGGUGGAGCUGGUGGAUUCAUCACUUAUCCCAGCAAUAAACCUAUCAGAUCACCUGGUAGAGAAGGGCUGUGCAGCCAAGGAGCCAAGGGUAGCCCCAGCAGCAGCCAGGAGAAGGGAUGUUCAGCCAGCAAAGGAGGCCUCCUUUGGGCACUGGAAACCAAUGGAACUGGCUGUGGGUGAAACCCUCUAUGCCCGUGUCACAGAAGUUGACAGCCCAGACUUGUUCUAUGCAGUACCAGUUCCAAAUAAAGAUGAAGAGAAGCUGUGCAGGCAGCUGACUGAACUAGCAGACUACUGUAAAUCUUGCAAGAGCCAGUCCUUCACACCCAGACAGGGUGAAGCCUGUUGUGCCAAGUUCUCAGGUGAUGGCUGUUGGUACAGAGCUCUUGUUCUCAACACUACUCAGGCUACAGUGAGAGUGCUGUACACAGACUAUGGGAACACAGAGACUUUACCACUCUCAAAGGUGCUGCCCAUCCCUGAUUCCCACUUAGAGCUGCCUUUUCGGACUAUUAUGUGUUCACUUGCAGGAAUAAAGAAAGCUGAGUGGUCUCCAUCACUUGUUGACAAGUUGAAAGAAAUAGUAUUGAAUAAGCAUGUCAGAAUUACAGUGAAAGGAAUAAAUGAAAAUGUUCACUUAGUGAUGGUGGAGAAGCUCUCUGAAAGCAGCUGUCUGAAUGUAGCAGACCAACUGCUCCUGGAAGGUUUGGUCAGACCCUGCACUGAUGAAAAGUUACAUGCAGAACAGGAAGGCCAUGGAGGAGAGACCAAAUGCUGCUGUGCAGAACUAGAAACACGAGUUAAAAAGCUUGAGCAGAUGAUGCUCUUGCUUUCAGACAAGUUUGGAUUCCCUGAAAUGAGAAACCUGUUGAACCACUGAGCCUCU